AUGGAAGCUCUAAUCUAUAAUGACUCGCCUAUUGCAGAAUAUCUAGAAGGAGACGCCAUCCCCUUCGAAGCCACCGACCCUUCCUCGCCUCCCUCUUGCGCUCGACAGACCUACGCCCCUCGAGGCCUGCCGAAACUGCGCGAGCGACUACGAACCAUCCGUCAAACCGCUGCGUCUGUGACCGACGUCGCAAACGAACAGUUCCUCGAGCGGUUUCGCUACGUGAUUGUCGCCUCCCAACUUCUGGCCGACGAACCGAAGCCGAGACGACAACUCCUCCAAAAUGAUCAACCCUUUACUCCCCACACCCUCUCCGUCAGAGGUGCUUGUAUAACAGCCGCAAUUUCCUUCUCGGUCGCGUGGUCUCUUCAUCUGUUCCAGCGGUGGUAUCGGUUGUCUCGGUCAUAUUGUACAACAUGGUCACAAAUAUGCAUAUACUCGGUGAUAUUUUUGGGGGUUCUGAUGAUUCUUUUUUACUUUGCUCGACGCCAAUAUCUCGAAUUUGUGCGGCAGUCGGCAGGGUCGGCGCUAGGAAAGGUGGUGUCGAAUUCACAUAAUUAUGAUAGUAUUGCAGCCGAGGCCCUUCGUUUCAUUCAGGAGGUCGAGAUUGUCUCUCGUGGUUACGAAAUAAGCCAUCCAUUACCUCCAGUCAGUCGACUGGAAGACAAAAACUCACUGAGUCGCUGUCGGGAUCUUCGGGCCACUCUCGGGCUUACCCUGACAGCCAGCAUCACGCGAAGCGUUGAAGCCCACAAUGCCGUCCAACCAUUUGUGAGGGACCUCGACCUGAAAAGGUACCAUGACAUAUACGAGGUCUCGAUGCAGGAUUACACCGACGCCGUGGCGUUUGCGAAUGCAUCUCCUCUCGACACCCGGGACUCUCUGAAAGAACUUCGUUUCCUUUUUCGACUCCAUCUCAUUGCAAGGAAAGUUUUCCUUUGUGAUAUGUUGGCCCUUCAUUCUGGCUCCACCUGGUAUAAUAUUUGUCAGUGGCGACUGAUCUGUCAUGUGUUGGAGGGACUGGGUGGUGCACUUUCCCAAGCAAGCCAACAGCUCCACACUGCUGUAGUGCACGAAGAGUAUGGCGAGGACGGGCAGGACGCCGUGUCGGAAGAGGCAAACCCAGCGGCUGAAGGGAGCAUGGACGCCACCACGCCGCAAAAGAGACAUACCAAGGCGCAAAUACGCCGAUUCGAAGCAGUGGCCAAUGCUAUCCGAUCCCUGAACGCCAAAGUCCAUCUCCUGAGGGAAGAAAUCAACUCCUUCAAGUCGAAGGAUGACUCGUCCCUCAGCAUGGCCAUCACUGGUCAUUACGAACACCUUGGGGCCGAGAUUCGAAACGCCCUGGUCGAAUGGGAAAAGGGGCGAAACACCAUGUUCCUCAACGUAGGGACCGAAUCUGAUAAUCGUUUCUCCCGAGCAUCCAGUGGCAUGCGAUCGCCAGCGUCGCCAUCUCCGAGCAGUCUGGGUGGGCUGACAGUUGUGGAUGGAGGGCCGGCCGAAGCGCUGAGGCUGCUGAGUGGCGACGAACGGAGCUCGUCUGAUGGGGCAGGAUUGGACGAAGAGGUGUUUGAAGCGGUGGCCUUGCCACGCAAGAGAAUGUCUUGGGCGCCAAUGAGCCGCGAAGAGAAACUCAACAAACUCCAAGAGGACCGGAGGAAGCGAGCGACCUUUCAGGAGCACGCCGAGAACACGACCAAUAUGCUGCGGGAACUGCAGAUGGUCAUCAAACAUCGCCCUCUGGCCAGAUCUGAUACGCGCAUCACUUCGAUAUAA